AUGUACAAACGAGUGGCCCUCCACCUCCUGUGUGACUGCCUGGAGCUCGCACCCAAAGCGCCGCCCCUCCUGCCUGAAGGCGUGGAGCUCGCACCUAAAGCGCGCCCACCCCCACCCCCGCCUGACAGCCUGGAGCUCGCACCCAAAGCGCCCCCCCCCCCCCACCUGACGGCCUGGAGCUCGCACCUAAAGCGCCCCCCCCUCCUGCCUGACGGCCUGGAGCUCACACCCAAAGCGCCCCUCCCACCUGACGGCCUGGAGCUCGCACCUAAAGCGCCCCCCCUCCUGCCUGACGGCCUGGAGCUCACACCCAAAGCCCUGAAGCUCGCACCUAAAGCGCCCCCACCCCCACCCCCACCUGACGGCCUGGAGCUCGCACCUAAAGCGCCCCCACCCCCACCCCCGCCUGACAGCCUGGAGCUCGCACCUAAAGCGCCCCCCCUCCUGCCUGACGGCCUGGAGCUCACACCCAAAGCGCCCCCCCCUCCUGCCAGCCUGGAGCUCCCACCUAAAGCCCCCCCACCCCACCCCCACCGCAGGUGGUUUGCCUUUUGUUCCCGGGAAUCUUGUGGCAGAAUCUGUUUUUCAGAAUCAGUGGGUUCCAUCCGCACUCCAGUCAGCCUUCAGAAUGAGAGGCGAACUGUGGACCUGCAGGAAGGGAAAUCCGAAAACGGUAGCCGCUUUCAGUUCAUUCAGGACGCCAACAUUGAAGGUUGGGCAGAGGUUGCAAGAAAGACUCCUCCUGGUGGCGCACUCCAUGCCUAUAGCCAACAUCACAUAGCCCUCUGUUGGCCCAAGGACCAGGCACAGCACCAUUACCAUGACCAGUUUCAUUUCCUUUGGAAAAGGAAACUUUCCUUUACAGAAAAAGGAGAGAAAUCACCAGACCAGAAGAUCAUGAUGGAGCUGCCAACAGUCACCAGUCAGGAGAACGGUCUCUCUCAGAGUCUGAAACUGGUCCUGAAAGAACUGAGUCUGUUCUAUAGCAGGGAUGUUAAUGGAGUCAGUCUUUUAUAUGAUCUUCUCCAUUCCCCUUGGCUGCAGGCUCUUCUAAAGGUUUAUGAAUGUCUCCAGGAAUAUAUCACAAAGAAACCAGUCCCUGUCCUGGCCCAGGCACAAGCAUUAUCCUGCGAGGUGGUGGAAUUAUUGCGGGAUGCUCCUCAGUCCCCCGAGGUCCAAGAACUGAGACACGUUCUAAAAGCCAAACACUUCCAGGCCUUACUCAACGCCCAUGAUACCGUGGCUCAGAAAGACUUUGAGCCAGUUCUUCCCCCACUGCCCGAUGACAUCCCCGAAAACGAGGAAGCUUUGAGGAUUGUCUGCUUGGUGAAAAAUAAGCAGCCCCUGGGUGCCACCAUCAAGCGCCAUGAAAUAACAGGAGAUAUCAUGGUAGCCAGGAUAAUCCAUGGAGGACUGGCUGACAAGAGUGGGCUGCUCUGUGCUGGAGACAAAUUGGUGGAAGUGAAUGGCAUUUCAGUAGAUGGACUUGAACCAGAACAAGUUAUCCAUAUCCUGGCUAUGUCUCAUGGCACAAUCAUGUUCAAGGUGAUCCCGGUUUCUGAUCGCCCCACCAGUAACCAGACAAUGGUCUAUGUUCGAACUAUGGCCAAGUACUGCCCCUGGGAGGAUCCCAUCAUCCCUUGUGCAGAUGCUGGGUUGCCAUUCCAGAAGGGGGAGAUCCUCCAGAUUGUGGAUCGGAAUGACUCUCUCUGGUGGCAGGCCAGGAAGGUCUCUGACUUUGGUACUUGUGCUGGUCUUAUCCCUUCCAAUCACCUUCUGAAGAGGAAACAGCGAGAAUUUUGGUGGUCUCAACCUUUCAAGUCACAGACCUGCCUCAAAUCAACCAUAUGGAAUACAAUGGCAGAAGAGGAAGACAUCAAGAUUGAUGAGAAGAUUGUGGAAGAAGAUGAAGAAACAUUUCAUUCUGAGGAGCUCUCCGAAGAUGAAGAGGAAUUUGCUGGAUAUGACCAUCAAUUCUUUAUCGCUGGUUUCCGAAGAAGCAUGCGCCUCUGUCGGAGGAAAUCUCACACCAGCCAGCAACCUGCCAGCUGCUGCACCACCAGCUGCUACAACGCCCUGGGAGCCCCAUAUGAGGAGGUGGUGAGGUACCAGCGACGUCCUUCUGAUAAGCAUCGCCUGAUUGUGCUUGUAGGCCCUUCUGGUGUUGGAGUAAAUGAAUUGAGAAGGCGACUGAUUGAAAUUAACCCAAAUCACUUCCAAAGUGCAGUGCCACAUACCACUCGUUCUAAAAAGAGUUAUGAAGAGAAUGGUCGAGAGUAUCACUAUGUCUCCAAGGAAACGUUUGAAAGUCUGAUAUAUGGUCACAGGAUGUUGGAGUAUGGUGAAUAUAAAGGAAACCUAUAUGGUACCAGUGUGGAUGCUGUCCGAAAGGUCCUCAAUGAAGGAAAAGUCUGUGUAAUGGACUUAGAACCACAGAAUAUUCAAGUGGCCCGAACACAUGAACUGAAGCCUUAUGUGAUAUUCAUAAAACCAUCCACCCUGAGUCGUAUGAAACAGUCUCGGAAAAAUGCCAGGAUUAUUACAGACUUUUAUGUCAACAUUCAAUUCAAGGAUGAAGACCUACAGGAGAUGGAGGAUGUAGCUAAAAAAAUGGAAACUCAGUUUGGCCAGUUUUUUGAUCAAGUGAUUGUGAAUGACAGUUUGCAAGAGGCAUGUGCACAGUUGUUCACUGCAGUGCAGCAGGCCCAGGAUGAGCCCCAGUGGGUCCCUGCCAAUUGGAUUUGUUCUGACUCUGAAUCUUAACAAGGAGUCCUCUCCAUCUCACCCUCUCAGUGCUUGAUACUUGUAUCUGAAUUUGAAGGAAGUAUUUUUGCAAAGAAGAUUUGAAACAACAUUAAGAAACAGCUAACGCAAAAAUAGCAUUUGGUCUCAAGCCUGUAGAACCUUUUUUCUGAACCAUUUCGGCCCCCCACUCCACCCGUCCCUCCCUCAGUUCUUGUAGUGCCAGGACUUGUUCACUUCACUAUUAAAAGUAUAGAUACACCAGGCAGCUCUGGGAAUGGAGAGCCAGGCCCACGGGAGGUCAGGGGUUGAAAUCUGGCCUCUGACAAUUCCUAGCUGUGUGACCCUCGGCAAGUCACUUAAUGUCCAUUGCCUAAUUCUGGCUGAUCUCUUGCCUUGGAACCAAUACACAGUAUUGAUUCUAAGACAGAACUUAAGGGUUAAAAUAGAACUAUGUAUAUUUUAACCCUUACAUCUAUAUGUACGAAUAUAUAUGUAUACCUGAUUUAAUUUUAUAAAUGUGUCUUACAUUACUGGGUUUCAAUAAAACAAACAUGCUCACAAUCACCCAUCUGGAACCAGAUGUAGAAACUCCAUUAAUAAAUUUAGAUCAUAAAGGUUUAGGAUAAAUGGUUAACUGAUAUCACACAUAAUCUUUGUGGAGGUCCUUGGAUGUGAGGCAUUUUUCUAAGUAAAGAUCAUUGCUCCAUUUCUGUGUUUGAUUAUAUAAAAGUUUUGUGGUUGCUU